AAACGUUACUACAACAGAUUUAAAAGAAUAACAUUGCAUGGCAUGACGUAUAAAAUGACUCGAUUAUUGAUUGUGAGAAUAGUCGCAGUAAGGCCGAUCAAUAAUGAGGCCAGUACAGGUGUAGGUACAAGAAACAUGGCAGGCGUUCUACUUCGAAGCCUUCACAAUUUGGAAACUUCAGCGGACGAACCUACCGCCAAAUGGACCAUUCCUUUAAGCGAUGGGAAUCACGUGGUAGAGUUUGAACAUGGAACAGCAACAGGCCGACGUGUGGUAAAAAUCGAUGGCAAUAAUGUAGUUUACAGAGAUUGGAUGUUUCGCUUAGUCGGGGAUGAAGUCUUUAUGUUCAAUAACACCAAGUUUGUGAUCAGAGUCGAUCCAAUGCCAGGUUUGAAAUAUUCUUACUCGUUGUGGGUGAAUGGAAAGAGCUACAAGCAAUUUGUCCAGUCGCAAUCAAAAAUACUAGAUACUUGGUUGGCCAAAGUGGGAAAUGAAGAAUAUAGAAUUGUAUUAGAUAAACAUGCUCACAGUGUUUGGGUGAAUGGACAAGAAGUGGAAGUUGAGAACGAAUUCAUGGAUGGCGGUGCAGAAAUUCUUUUCUCCGUUGGCGAUUUACCAGCUACUAUCAGAUCUUUCAGUUCGGAACAAAAAGAGAUUGGUAUAGCGUACGUUUUAUACAUCAAUGACGUCGAAAUACAGCAAGAAAGUUUAUUGGAAGAAUCCUAAAUGCACAUCUUGACUUGCCUAGUUAGAUUUUUCGUGUGAUAUUAAUAUAAAUAAAUAUAUCUAUAAGCAUAUUAUCAAUAAUUAUAAAUUAUGUGCAUCAUUAAAUAGCUGCACGAGUGUGAAGCACAAUAUUUAAAAAUAUUUCUGUGAUGUGAAAUUUAAUAAGUACUCUUCGAUAUGUGUGCCAUGUAAUUUUGUGUACAUUUUUAAAAAUAUUAGUGUAAAAUAAAAUUGCUAAAUUUAAAUUG